CGAACGAGUUAUGCGAUUAUUUAGAAUCAAAUCUAAAAAACAUGACGAAAAAGACUUUAUUUAUAUUUGCAAUAGCAACUAUUGUAAUAGUAUCGAUCAUUACAUUCAUUGCAUUCCGCACUAAUCCAGAAGGCGAGUUGGACCCGAUAAAAACAGCUAUGAUCAGUAGAUUCAUAGAUCCAAAAUAUGCAAUAACUGCGGAAAAGUAUCAUGAAAAUCCCGCGAAUACAUUUAAAACCGAACUCAAGGAACAAUUAUAUGAAGUCGUAGACUUUGGUAUUGCGCUGUUAUCAUUGUACCUAUUGGACAAUACAAAGACUCAGUAUUUAAAAGACGUUGAAGAUUUAAUAAAAAGAAUACAUGACAAAAUAGAAGGGCCAGUAAGCGAAGAUAAAAAAAAGCGUUGGGAUGAAAAUUGGUACUAUUAUUCCGUUUUAUUGAAUCGUUUGUUCGCAAUGUACGAGUACAUCGGAAACAAUAAAGACAUCAUCACGAUUUGUCACGAAAGAAUUAUUCAGAUAACGCCGAAAUUAGAUACCUCAUUGGGCUCUGAGUUCAAAGGUAAAAGUGACAUUCUUCUCGUAGCGAUCCCACGUUUAUUAACACUCAGGAAGAACGAGCCUGAGAAAUAUGACAUAGAGACAAAAUCAGAAUCUUUUGAUAAUCUUAGAGAACAAAUGAAUUUGAAACUUAGGACAGAUAAUGAUAUACACAAUGGUAUUUAUCAAGACUAUUCGUGUAUUCGCGGUAACGCCGUCGCGACUUUCUCAGGAAUAAACAUUCUGGGAGGUUUUCAUCUCAACGUAUAUCGCGCGCUCAAAUUUGAAGAAAAUAUAAGUACUAUUGUAGCGGAAAUAUUUAACAGAAUUCUCCAUCCGAAAUUAUAUUUUAUACCCUACGGUCUAUUUGGCCGGGAUUCGAGAAUAUCUCGUGAAAUUUCAUUAAAAACGCAGUGGCCGAAUUACGAAAGAAACCAAAAUCUUGAUGUAAAUAUAUUUCCUUUCAUUGGUCUCGGGGUAUUCAAAUCAGAAAAAUUUGUAUUUUCGGUGCGCGUUCAACGUCAGGGCAUCGCUGCCUAUGAGUUUGAUAAAUGGAAUCAGAAAUUGGCACUUGGAUGGAUUCAAAUGCGUAAAUUAUAUCACACAGAAGUUGAUUAUAAAUCAUAUGACAAUAAAAUGGAGUGGGAGCAACUAAAAGUUCAACCGGGUGUAAUUUUAUUUGCUACGGACAGCGAUAAUAAUUUUACAGCUUUCACAAGUGACCAAGAAUAUUACACUAUUGCAAAAGAAUGUGGAGAAAUAAAAUCUUUUAUUGGACAUUUGAAAACUCGUAGUGACAAGAAAAUACUGUACUGGUUCAAUAAAUAUAAAUUUGAAUCUUUCUAUGGAAAAAAUGUUGUAAUUUCGGAAAUCGGUGUCUGUACAGACAAUGGUUUAGUUAUGCGUCAUGAAAUUAAUAAUAAUUCUGGUAAGAAAUUGAAAUUGAUAUCAAAAGACAAAGAUAUUAAUGACAAAACUGAAAGAAUGCAUUUUAAAGCUUCUUCUAAUAAACCCGGUUCAGAAACUUUUAUCCCUAGCGGCGAAGGACCGGUAACAGUUAAUUGGUAUCAGCUAGUUGAUGAAACCAUUGAGCCUAAAAUAGUUAAUUGGAAUGAUGCAAAUAAUUCUAUGUCAUUUAACUUUGACGGCGAUAAGUAUAUAAUUGAACAUCAUGGUACACAGCGUGGUCAAUAUCAUAUUGUCAGAUGCAAUGAUACAAUAAUACUCGCGGGCAAUUCGAGUAGUUUGCGUAAAGACAGUAUUACUCAUCGCGAUACAAAGAGUAGUAAAGAUAUAUUAUUCGAAAGAAAUUCUGAUACACUUAUGUAUAAACCUGAGCAAAGCUAAUUAAUUAUACAUUUAUAUGAACAUUUAAAAGAUUGAUUACAAUUAAAUUUUU